AUGGUCGGACCCUUGAGCAGGGCACCUGAGGGCUUCACCCACCUGCUUGUCGCAGUGGACAAGUUCACAAAAUGGAUCGAAGCCAGGCCUAUUACAACGGCCAAGUCGGUGCAGGCUACAGCUUUCUUCCGAGACAUCGUCCACCGCUUUGGAGUGCCGAAUUCCAUCAUCACAGACAAUGGCACGAACUUCACGGGGAAAGAAUUCCUCAAGUUUUGUGACGAUCACCAUAUCCGCAUUGACUGGGCGGUGUUGGCCCACCCGCGCACGAAUGAGCAGGUUGAGCGCGCGAACGGCAUGGUCCUGCAGGGACUCAAGCCAGAAUCUUCAACUGGCUCAAAAAGUUCACCGGCAGCCAUCUUGCCUACUGAUCUGGAAUACGGCUCCCCGAGGGUGAAGGCCUACAACGAGCAGGGGUCGGACGCCGCCCUCGAGGACGCCAUGGAUUAG